AUGGAAGCCAACAGAAAUAUUUUGGUGCUCCUAGAAGAAGAGCUACUUAUAAAUGCUGCCAUUGCGGCUGUUUUAGUUGCUAGGAGCCAACGUAGGGGAAGGAUGAAGAAAAGAAAAAGGCGUUUUUGGACUAGACCCUGGUUAAUGCGCAGGUCUUUGCAUGGACAAUACGAAGCUUUAAUGUCAGAAAUGGCAAUGGAGGACCACACUGGAUUUAGGAACUUUCAGCGAAUUGAUCCUGAACUUUUUCAGGAAAUGUUGGUUCGUGUUAGUCCAAGGAUCCGAAAGCAGGAUACCAGAAUGAGAAGGGCACUUGAUCCGGGAUUGCGACUGGCCAUCACCCUGCGAUACCUUGCCACUGGGGACUCUUACAAGAGUCUGGAAUACGGAUUCCGGGUGGCAAAUAACUCGAUAUCUAAACUGGUGCCGGAAAUAGGAGCACCAGAUGAUGGCGGAGUUUUCCAAGACUGUACUUUGCGUGAUGCAUUGGAGAAGGGCAAAUUGGGGCUACCAGAGCCAGCACCGCUACCAAACGAUGAUCAGCCUGUGCCGUACAGCAUAGUAGCCGAUGACGCAUUCCAAAUGCGUUCCUGGCUGAUGAAGCCGUACCCACAUCGACAGAUGACUAGGCAACAGCGGAUAUUUAAUUAUAGAUUGUCCCGUGCUCGCCGGGUUGUAGAGAACGCCUUUGGCAUUUUGGCACACAGGUUCCGCUGUACUCUUGGCACGUUUGAGCAAGACCCCAAAACAGUAGAGAGCAUUGUGUUGGCUUGCUGCGUGCUACAUAAUCUACUCAGGUCCCGCUACCCUACCGUGGCCAACGACUUAAUGGACGGGGAAGACCCGGACACACAUGAAGUAAUUCCAGGUCGGUGGCGGAAGCAAGAAGCACUGACAGCCCUGGAAUACUUAAAAGGAAACAAUACUACAAAGGCUGCCAAGGGCCAACGUGACUACCUGUGCUCCUAUUACAACAACCCUGUUGGCAGUAUCAGUUGGCAGAAUAAUAUGAUUUAAGGUAUGUAUGUAUUUUGAAGAAUAAAACAAAUAAAUAAAAAUAAAUAUUUUAAUUCCACAGUUAAACUAUUUGCUUUCCUAAAUAACCAAGUUCAACAUUGAAAUAAAACAUGCCAACGAAGUAUAUAUUACUUUAUAUAAUAUAUAACUUUAUUAUAUGUGAUUAAAUUUACAUUAAACGAAUAAAUGUAAAUUCAACAAGAUAUUUACUCAUAUUAUUAAAAUAUUUGUUUAAAAACAUGGUAAAUGUAACAUAUUUAACAACGUAUAAUGUAAUCAACACCAUCUUUUUGUAAAUGUUUCUCAAUAUCCAUGUCGGACUUCAAAUCCUAUAAAAUAACUACCCAAAAAUUAUAACUCAUGCAAUAGGAAUGUGGUAUAAGCAACAGAUAUGUAUCAUUCACAACUUUUUAUCAUAUUUUAAUGUUGAAGUAUACAAAAGGUCUUUGAUCUAAAUGUAGUUGCCAAAAUUUACUCUAAAUUGGUGUAGAUUUUAUUUGCUCGGCUCAAAUUUGAAGUGGGGAAUAUGUCUUCUGUAGACUCAACGUCAAUGGGCAUAGUGGCCGUAUAUGAAGCCAAGGAUCCACCCGAGCUCGGUGUUUCUACAGAUAUGUACCUCCCCUGGGUCGGUAAACUUCCAAACGUAGGAGUUGGCGAUAGACGGCAAUUUGGGUGCCGGUCGGGAAACUGCGAUAGGGGGAUUGUAUGUAGGGCUUCUGAUGUUCGGAGCCUCCAGACACACUCAACAGAGACGACAUAGGCGUGAGAGUGGAGAGUUGGGAGUAACGAUGUGACGGAAAAAUCCGGUAACCUUGAGAAGAACUCCGAGUAUAUAAUUCGGACUGGUUAGGUGCUGCAUGAUGGCCAGUUGAUGCAGAGUGUCUGACCACAUACGAUUGUACCAGCCUCAUGUUGUCUAUUGUAAACUGGUACCAGUUUUCACAUGGAAUAAGUUGUAUCUGUGUUUUCAUAUACCCCAUGUACGUCUCAACCUGCUGCUCGUGUGGAGACAUUUCUUUGGCAAGAGCAUUGCGGAUUUUGGCCAAUUCAUCGGCACGGGUCA